AUGCCCGUCAGCGCAAUGCCGAGGGGUCGGUCUCUGAGCCCGGCAUCUCUGUCCCGCAGCCUCUCGCGGCUGAGGGAGUUUCGAACCCGGACUCGCAUCAUGCUUUCUCUGGGAGUUUCACAGAUGGUGCUCGGGAGUCUGAUUUUGGCUGUCAGUUUCGCCGCUUUGGCCCUCACUACAUCUCCGAGGGUGAGACAUUCGUGUCCCUUUUGGGCUGGAUUCUCGGUGCUUUUGUCUGGACUGAUCGGAGUGGUGUCAUGGAAAAGGCCCCUUUCUUUGGUGAUAACUUUCUUCAUGCUGUUGUCUGCUGUGUGUGUGAUGCUGAACCUCGCAGGAGCCAUCCUUUCCUGUCAGAAUGCCCAGUUGGUCAACUCUCUGGAGGACUGUCAGCUGAUCAAAUUUGACAGUGAUGGUGUGUGUGUCUGCUGUGAGCUCGAGCGCCUGAGAUCCACCUGUAAUAAUCUGGGAGAUACGCUUAAACUCAACCCGCUGAGGGACUGCAACACCAUACGUCUCCGCCUGAAGGAGUUGCUUUUCAGCGUGUGUGCACUGAAUGUUAUCUCCACCAUUGUGUGUGCUCUGGCCACAGCCGUAUGCUGUAUGCAAAUGGUUUCUACUGAUUUACUACAGAUGUUUCUUCCGCAUGGGCACAGGGAGAUGAAUUGAGAUGAGUUAUAUUAGCAUGGCUGCGGCUCUGUGAACGAGUUCAUCCCACCCAUCCCCCCUCCUCCCUACUACCCCCCAGAGUACACCUGCACACCUGUGAUGGAGGGCCAGAGAGGGUUGCAUCUGGACUUUCCACACUCUCCCUUCAGUGCUAUUUAUGGGGUGCCUAUAAACAGCCCUGGGGCUUUAUAUCCAUCUGAGCUGCCACCACCCUAUGAAUCUGUCGUGGGACAGACACCUGCCAGCCAGAUUACCACCAGUCUUGCGCAACAGGUUACAGAGUCCAGUCUGUGUGAAAGGAACACCACAGCUGGCCUUAGCACUCAGGCCUCUGUUGAUAGUGCUUCCCUUAUGGUGUCUGAGACUGCAGACAUCCCUGAUCACAGCUGUUCCUCUGAAGACCUGUGUUCUCUAGAAGUGCAAGGCUCUGAUUCCUCUCCAUAUGGCACUUUACACAUCGUGCCUACUGAUGGUAGCUGCACAAGUCUGGAUCACUGUCUGAGGCGGCAGACCCCUGCUCGACUGGACCACAGCGAGUCCUCUGUCACGCAGGAUUCCAAGCCCCACUCUCCCCAGCUGUCACCCGAUGCUGUUAACGUGCCUGAGAAGGAGGAGAUUACAGGCGUUAAACCCACGUCUCGCACGCAGCACAGAGAACGAACCAAUAAGAAGCUUACCCUUCUUUUCCCUCCAAGCACACCAUCCCAAUGUGCUUCCAACUCAGCAGUGACCUCCACUGCCGCCACAGCUUCUGCUCUGACCCCCUCCGCUUGCACCUCUCCGUCACCCACCGCUCAACUGCGGGGAACCCGGCUAUGCUUCAGCGUCUGGUCCCCAUCCUCCUCUUCCUCACAGCCCCAUGCUACCUCUGCCCUUAGCAACCCCAGUCAACGUGAGCGGCCCCGCACACUCCGUGCCACUAAAGGGUAUUGGAAGCUGGCGAGGAUUGUGCGUUCCACUAGUGAACCCAUAUCCUGUAAUUCCAUAUCUAGAAGUGAGCGUUGUGUUCCUGCUUCUAACCAUCCACCCGAGGACUCCCCACAGACUCCCUGUGAUCAAGCAUGUAUAGAGCUCUCUGAGAGCGCCCGACACCCUUCUGCCAAACAAAGCAGCCAAGGGGGCAAGAAGCAGAAGGACGGUGGAAAGGUGGACAUCCAACUCAAACCUCACAUCCCUCACUCAAUGUCUACAGAACGGCCGCAGUCUCUCGCAGACCUCAAAACUUACAAAGACACCAAAGUCCUGGUGGCCAAGUUCCUGGAGCACUCGAGCUGCAGUCUACCUCCGGAGGUCCAGCAGGUGGUCAACAGCAUUAAAUGUGUUAUUAAAUCUGAUGAGAAACACAUGGAGGAGGCCAUUUUCAGUGCCAGUAUCAUUGAUCAGUUGAUGACACAGUCACAGAAGACCAUGGGCAGCCAGAGGAAGCAUGCUCACGAAGACCUGCAUUUACAGAGCUGUGGGGCUUUGAGUUCCCCAUCUUCAUCCUUGCGCCGUCCACCCAGAGGAUCCAGUCAGACAGAUGCCCCUGCUCCCCUGGAUCAUCAGCCUCAAAGCCUCAUCAGUGUAUGCAGAGAAACUACACUUUGACCCUCCAGACUACAAACACCCUUUUCCUCAUAAUCCUCUGAAUAUGUGCCAAGGCCAAGUCCUCAUCAGCAGAAAA